AAGCCACAAAGUCAUAACAUAAUUAUUUAUUUAUAGAAUUAAAGAAUGAUUACCACAACAACAGUUUAUGAUCGUAUACUUUGAUGUUGGUGACAUCAAAGUAUCCGAUCAUAAACUCUAAUCUUACUGACAUCAAAGAAAAACUUGGUGACAACAAAAGAAAAAGCAAAAGAUUAUUAUAUGUUUAUUGAAUCAUUUUCCUUCCAACAUCUUUGAAUUUCAAUUCUCAUAUAUAUCUUUUUGAGAACUUUGGUGUUGUGAGAUGGAUUUUUUAAAUCUAUCUGCAAAUCAGACCUUAUUCUUGUCAAUAUCAUAUUUUAAUACAUCAUCAGAUUCUACAACCUUAACCUUCAAUGUUUGUUCUGCUGCUCCACCAAAUAUUGUUUCAGAUGGAUUAUGGGGUGGACAAAAAAAUGGAAGGGUUCCAAUGAAGUCUGCACUUCCUAUGUUUGAGAUGCAAGUUCUUGUGAUUUUUGCUAUCACACAAAUCUUCGAUUUAUUCCUAAAACGUUUGGAUUUCCCUGAAUUUAUUGGACAAAUGAUGGCUGGCCUAAUUUUAGGUCCUUCAAUUCAAAUAAGAGAAAUCGACAAAUACAAGAAUAUAUUGUUUCCAUAUGGAAGUCAAGACAUACUUGCAACAAUAACAUCAAUCGGUUAUGCACUCUUCAUCUUUAUCAAUGCUGUGCAAAUGGAUUUGAGCAUGGUAACAAGGACAGGACACAAGGCUUGGACCAUUGCAAUCAUGGGAUUGGCUAUGCCUUUACUCAUUUGUCUUUUGAUUCCACUCUCCAUACUUCAAGGUACUAGUCAUGAAGUUAUAGCAACUUUUCCUAAUGUGGUGCUACACCAUACCAUAACUUCUUUUGCAGUCAUUGCUUCGCUCCUCAACGAACUUAAAAUCCUUAACUCCGAACUUGGAAGGUUGGCAUUAUCCUCAGUGUUGGUGAGUGACAUACUAGGAACAACUAUGGGAAGUAUUCUUAAUGUCAUAAAGUAUUCACAUGAUUUAAGCAGGAUCAUAAAAGUUGGAAUGCCAUUGUUAGCUUUUGUUAUCCUUGUUCCGUUGAUUUUUCGGCCAUUAAUGUUUUGGAUCAUCAAACAUACUAAAGAAGAAAGACCUGUGGAUGAUGGUUACAUCUAUGUUAUCAUUGUACUGGUAUUUGGUUUAGGUUGGAUUUCAGUUCGCAUAAACCAAGAUUUCAUCUUAGGUGCAUUUGUUUUGGGGUUGGCUGUGCCAGAAGGACCUCCAUUAGGAUCUGCAUUGGUUAAGAAGCUUGAAUUCUUUGGUACAAGUGUAUUUCUGCCUAUAUUUGUGACUUGUUGUGUGAUGAAGGCAGAUUUGACUUUGCCGGAUACACCAAGAGAAAUUAUUUUUACCGGUGGUUUCAUUAGCUUUACACACUUUGUCAAAAUAAUAGCAUACCUUAUACCUUCCCUCAUUUGCGAGAUCCCCUUGAAAGAUGCCUUGGCUCUUGCCCUAAUUUUGAAUGCAAAAGGUGUAGUGGAUAUUGGCAUAUUUUCUGGCUCAUAUGAUACAAAGCUUUUUAAUAAUGCAUCUUAUGGAGUGAUGAUUGUCAGUAUUAUGAUCAUAGCGUGCCUAGUAAAAUGGUUAGUGAAGAUAUUGUAUGACCCAUCAAGAAAAUAUGCCGGCUACCAGAGAAGGAACAUCGUGAGUUUAAAACCGGAUGCAGAACUGAGACUACUGGCCUGCAUUCACAAACAAUACAACAUAUCAGCUAUAACAGAUGUCAUCGACAUUUGUUCUCCAACAACAGAACAACCUAUCAUUGUGGAUGCAUUGCAUCUUAUUGAACUAGUUGGAAGGACAUCCCCCAUUUUCAUCUCCCAUCGUCUUCAAAAAACUGGCCACAAGUCUUACUCGGAUGACGUCAUUCUAGCUCUUGACCUAUAUGAACAUGAAAACUAUGGUGGAGUAACUACACACACUUACACAGCCAUAUCUCCACCUACCCUUAUGCAUGAAGACGUUUGUCAACUUGCAUUGGACAAAGUUGCGUCCAUCGUGAUUCUUCCUUUCCACAUAAGAUGGACUGUGGAUGGUGGCAUUGAAUCUGAUGACAAGAACAUAAGGUCCUUAAAUUGCAAGGUAUUAGAAGUAUCUCCAUGCACAGUAGGAAUCCUCGUGACUCGUUCUUUGUUACAAAACAACUCAUCCAUUAAGCUAGCCGUGAUUUUUCUUGGUGGAAGAGAUGACAGAGAGGCUUUGUGCUUAGCUAAAAGAGCGAUAAGGAACCUGAAAAUCAACUUGGUUGUGUACCACCUUGCACUUGAGCUAUACGUGCCAAACAUGGAAUAUCUACUAGAUAAUGAGGCACUAGAAGAAUUAAAGAAACCACCACAAUAUGGCUCGGAAAAUGUUUAUUACCAAAAAAUGAUUGUGAAUGAUAGUCAAAGGAUAUCUUCUGUUCUUCGCGAUAUAGCGAAUGAACAUGAUUUUUUCAUUGUUGGGAGAACACAUGAGUCAGACUUACCUCAGUUAGAAGGGCUAAAAGAUUGGAGUGAAUAUUCAGAGUUAGGCGUCAUUGGUGAUUUGAUUGCUUCACCAGAUUUUGGGAGCCGAGCCGGUGUUUUGGUAGUGCAGCAACAAGUCAAAGACAGAUAGCUGGUGGAAAUUCUAGUAGCCAAGUGAAACAAGAAAAGAAAAAAAAAACAAAGAGAUGCAAUGUGCAAAACAAUAGAGAUACUCUCUUUUUUCACACAACUAAAAGGGAUACAAGAUUUUCCCCCACCCCUUUUAUGAGAUAUAAACAGAGAUGCAGGGAAGAGAAAAUGUGAAAUCUGAUUGUGUAUUUGUGUGAAGUGAUGGAAAAAGACUAUAGAAAUAGAAAGAAAGAAAGAAGAGUGUAAACAAAGGUGUAAAAGAAAAAACAAAGAGUUUAAUUGAUAUGCACCGAUGGUGUAAAAUAGUUUUACACGAUCGUCCAAUAAACAACCACCAUUUUGCCAUGUUAUAUCAAGAAAGUGGGGUGAUGUGGCGGAAAACAUGGUUGACAUUGAUUGAUGGUGUAAAAUAAUUUUACACCGUCGGUGUAUAUAAAUUAAAUCCAAAAACAAAAUUGUUUUAGUACAUUGUUUUAAUACAACUAGCUACAGAUUUUUUCCAGCAAAA